CGGUGGUGACAAUUUCAGUUGAAUUAUUUUCUAGAAAGAAAAAUAAAUAGGGCUACAGAUAUUCACAGCGUAGUAUCUAAAUAAUAACUGUCAGGCGUAUGUCGUAAAUUAUGCACAUAGUGAUUAUUUUAUUAUAAGUAAGAGUAGAAUAAUAAUAAAAAUGAGUAAGCAUAUGUAUUCGACUGCUAACCUUACUGACAAGGAAUUAAAAGAGCAGGGAAAUAGAUUAUUCAGUUUAAGAAAAUUCGAAGAUGCUAUGAACUGCUACACGAAGGCUAUUAUCAAAAAUCCAUCAGUGGCCACAUAUUUCACUAAUCGUGCACUAUGUCACUUGAAGAUGAAAAGAUGGGAGGCAACAUGCAACGACUGUCGCCGUGCACUCGAUAUAGAUUCCAACCAGGUCAAGGGACAUUUUUUCCUUGGUCAGGCACUGGUUGAACUUGAUUGCUAUGAUGAGGCAAUAAAACAUCUUCAUCGUGCCAAUGAUUUGGCUAAAGAACAGAAGUUGAACUUUGGAGAUGACAUAGCGGCACAGCUUCGUAUAGCAAGAAAAAAGAGAUGGAAUGUUCAGGAGGAAAAGAGGAUAUCACAAGAGAUUGAAUUGCAGACUUAUUUGAAUAGGUUAAUAAAUGAGGACAUGCAGCGUAGAAUAGAAUCAAUAAAAGUAGAAAACCCAAAUGAGGAAGAGGCUAAUACAAAAAUUGCUAAAAUUGAAGAAGAAUGUAAUAACUACAGUAGUGAAUUAAAUAACUUAUUUUCUAAAAUGGAUGAAAGACGAAGGAAACGGGAUGUGCCAGAUUAUUUGUGUGGUAAAAUCAGCUUUGAGAUUCUCAACGAGCCAGUUAUAACUCCGAGCGGGAUUACGUACGAGAAGAAAGAUAUUGAAGAGCAUCUCGAGAGGGUCGGUCACUUUGACCCGGUGACGCGAGUGAAGUUAACAGCAGAUCAACUGAUACCUAACUUCACGAUGAAGGAAGUUGUCGAUGCUUUCCUUCAGGAGAACGAGUGGGCACUCGAUUACUAAUCGAUUUCUUAUAUCGAUGUAUCGAUUAUAAUUGUAAUUAUGCAGUUGACGAUGUAUCCUUUUAUUGUAGGUACUAUUUCUGAAUGUUGUUGCGUUAAUUAUAAUUAUAUCGAUUAUUUUCCACCCUGUAUAUAAACGUUUGGGAAUCGAUUCAUUUGUAGGUAUAAAAAGUGGAAAAUGUUU